CAACGCUCUCAAACUGGUUCAAAAGUUGUAGCUUGACUUAAAUUUGGUAAAAGGUGCAAGGCGGUCUUUCUGAAAGUGCGUGCGUGUGUCCAUGUUUAGGUGAAAUCAAUACAGCUAUGUGUGGAACUUGAAGCACUCAAGAGCCAAUGGUCAGUGUGCUUUUACGGAGGAGAAUAGUUUUAAGACAGAGCAGAAAAUUUAUGUAAGCGUGACUCUUUCUUGCAGGACCAACAGAGAGCAAGAGGAGGCACAUACAAAGUGUUGUUGUCGUGCCAAGAGAGCGCCCAAUGACUUUGUGUUGACAGCAGAAGUGUUCAGGAUACAGCAGGUCUUUUCAGCAGUCUUACCGUUCUGCUUCAGCAAGCAAAGGAGGACGUGGCUCAUCAGGAAAAAUGUUCUUUGUGGCAGGGGCCAAAAAUGCGGCAGGUUCAGGCGGGGGAAAUGAAAGGAGGUCUAUCUACCAGAAAUUCCGUGAUGUAGAUUUAUUAGACAAGAAGAAAACAGUAACAGCUCUAAAGCCCGGUGAAGAUCGGGCCAUUCUCCUGGGACUUGGAAUGAUACUCUCUUCAGUCAUGAUGUACUUUGUCCUGGGGAUCACUAUAUUACGCUCCUAUGCAGACAGUGUGUGGACUGAGGAGGGUGUGUGUGUUGUACUCAACUCCACGGUCACAGCAGACAUGAACUGUUCCUACAACUGUGGGUCAGACUGCUGGAGAGUCUCCAAAUACCCCUGUCUGCAGGUCUAUGUGAGCGUCAAUAACACAGGCCGUGUCAGCCGUUUAUCUCACGAUGAAGAGACCCAGGACAGCAGCUCUGAAUGUUUCUAUGUGCCCAGGUGCCAGAAGGACAGCAUGGCCAUGCAUGUCAUGAUUAUGAACAUCUCUGAGCGUCUGAAGGUGAACAAGCAGGUACCGUGUUACUACGACCCCAAUGAGCAGCAGGAUGCUGUUCUCCUGACCCGCCUGUACGACCAUGGCGUCCUUUUCCAUUCACUGCUGUGGCCCUCCUGCAUGCUCACAGGAGGGGUCCUCAUCAUUGUGAUGGUGAAGCUCACACAGUACCUCUCCAGGCUGUGCGAAGAGAUAGGGAAGAUCAAAAGGUGAAAUACGUGCAGCUGCAGCUGUAACAACCAGGCAUAUGAUGGGGAAUGAUGGACAUAUGACAUGAAAGGGAUAGUUUGAACCAAAACAACCUUACUGUGAUCUUUUGCCAACUUUCCUCUUUGACAUUUGGAACAGCUGACUUUCACCCCGGAUUGAGGACAUAACUAUUUAUCAAUGUGAACUGAAUGUUCAGGCAUGUAAUUGGGUGUUACAUGAACAACUAUGACCAGAUUUUGCAUGGUGUUGAAGCAUUAUAAAACAUUUAAUGUGUACUUGUUCACAUGUUUUUUUUUGCACUUACAAUCUUAAAUAUGAUAUAUUGCCACCAUGUUCUUUAUAUGUAAUGAUAUGAC